AUGACAGCGGCCUCUCCAACGGUCCCUCCACCUGUCGGAGAAAAUGGACUCAAUGGUGGUGUCAGUGGCCCUAUGAAUAUGCCGCGUUUCCAUCCAAUUGCUAUCAACCCGAACACAUCAGGUCCUCCUGCUCCCCCGGUGUCGGCAUCCUACCGCCCCUAUGGCGCUCCUAUGCCAGAACAGCAGCAUCAACAUCAGCAACAGCAACCACCACCACAACACCUGCCUCCCCCUCCUCACCAUCAUGUCAAUCCUCCUCCUCCUCUCCCCCCGGGACCACCAUUAUCAAUUCCCUCGCAGUUGGAACAAAUUGAAGCUCGCCUGCGCCAAAUAGAGCAGGAAGAAGCUAGUCGUGCAGCUGCUCGCGCUCGUAUCCUCGCCAUCCGAAAGCGGGAAGACGAAGAAUUUCGAAUGAUCACGGAGAGAGCGGAAGCUGAAGAAGAAGAGCUCCGACGGCAGAGGAAGAGAUUGAAGAGAGAAUCCAUGGGCCUCACAUGUGACUCUCAAAAUGACUCUCCUCCACGGCCCAUGCCUCGUCGUUUAUCAGAGACAAAUGCGGCCACUGCUCUAGCCAUUUUCAAGCAGCAGACCCCGCCAGAGCCGCGUCCGGCUCCCACCCCAAUCAUCCAACAGCCACCUCAGAUCAUGAAUCCCAAUGUCGGCAGCGGCACUAGCACUAGCACUGGUACUAGCGCUGGCACUGGUAAUGGCACCGGCACGUUUCGGAAGAAGCAGAAAUAUACCAUCAAGAAUGCUGAGGCCUGGGGCGAACGCCACGGACGACCGGCGGCAUACGAUCCCGCUGGACGUGCUUUGUGGAAACGGCCUUCUGAUGGCCGUCUCGUUUAUCUUGACUGCCCAGUACCAAGCUGUGGCAAGUCCGACUUUGUGACGCUCCAUGGCUUCAUGUGCCAUCUGACGAAGAAACACAAAGACAGGAGCCUUGGCAGCCAAUCGCGUGCUCUUGACAUAUGCGGUACUGUCUACGACCCGAAUGCACCUCGACCUCCGCGUCCCAGUGUGAAUCGAGGCUCCACCGAGGACAGUCGAUCGGGAUCGGUUCACACGGAUGUCGAGGGUUAUCAGCAAGAGAUCGAGUACUCUUCUGCGUCGGAUGAAGAGGAUGGCCAGGACCAGAGCCCCCAGAUCAAGAAAGAAGAAUCCGGUAGCAAGGCUCCGGAGGUGCAUUCUGAUCACCCAAAUGAUGCUGCACCCGUGGAAUCCUCGCCCCAAACGAAUGGCUCGAACAAGCCGACUAUUGCAGCCAUGAUUGACAGCAACGUCCAACCGGAGUCUUGGAGAAGCACGACGCCUCCUGCUGAUGUGAAAGGUGCGCCGGAUCAGCCAGCUGCUGCCAACGGAAGCGCGGAGUCAGCUGCUGGCUCGCACGACGCCGGUAAGGAGAAUAGCGGCUGA